AUGCGUGCUGCUAUUGAUCCCCUGGCAUUUUACCGAAGGAACGACCGCAGCGUCUUGCCCAUUGUUGGACGUGUUGUUGAUGCUCCCCAAGAUUUCUAUAGCAGUCGUAUGACCAAGAAAGAAAGAAAGCGGACGAUGUUGGACGAAUUGCUUAGUGAUCAGCGGCUUACGCAGUCAAAAAGAGAAAAGUAA